CCAAUUUUAGAAUCUGUAGAUUGGGAAACACCACCCUAUAAAUCAGACGUUUGUGGAACAGGAGAAUUUUGUCACAGGGAAAGAAAUGGAGUUGCCAGAAGCAAAAAAAUAUGAUUUUAAAAAUGAAUUAUUUGAGAGCCAUAAAAAUAAUUUUGAUGAACAAUUUCAAAUUCAAAAUCCUGGAGAAAACAAAAAGGAAAUCAAACAAAGGCAAACGUGCCAAUAUAUAAUCAUCAUUUACCUUGUGCUGCUCACAAUAGGAAAUGUUUUUUUGGCUUUUAAAGUUUACCAGCUACACAAUGUGAUACGUGAUAUGAAUUCAGCCUCAGCUCAAGCUUUAUACACUGAAGGAACCCACCUCAAUGAAACAACCCCGUACUACGUUCACCUCGAAUAUGUCAGGAGGAGUCACGCAGACUUGCAGAUGAUGAUAAAGAAUAUCACUGUCAAACAAGGGCCUAUGGGACCCAAGGGAAUUGCAGGAGCCCCUGGCAUGAAAGGUGAAGUCGGUCCAAAGGGUGAUACGGGCAGUCCAGGAACUCGGGGUAUCCUAGGUCCUCAAGGUCCUCCAGGAACAAAAGGAAGCACAGGUGUGCCGGGAAUGAAGGGGUUCAAAGGAGACACUGGCCUUACAGGUUUGCAAGGACAGAGUGGAUUGCCAGGAGAGAAAGGAAUUUCAGGUACGAAAGGAGAAGAAGGACUUCAAGGACUACCAGGAGAGAAGGGUGAUACUGGAAUUAAAGGAGAAAUAGGAGAGAAAGGGUUGCCAGGAAUACAGGGAGUUGAAGGAGCAACAGGAGAAAAGGGAAGCCAAGGAGAAAGAGGGUUCCCAGGAGCACAAGGAGUUGCUGGCAUAAAAGGAGAUAAGGGAGAAAGAGGUGAUUCUGGGACUAGUGGAUCAAAUGGAGAACGCGGACCCCCUGGAAUCAAGGGAGACGGAGGCGAUAAAGGAGACUUGGGGGAGAAAGGCUUACCAGGACUGCCUGGAAUCAAAGGAUCAAAAGGAGAAAUGGGCGUUCCAGGUGAAAAAGGUACACCGGGAGCAAAUGGAGCAAAUGGCCUUCCAGGUCCUCCUGGGCCAAGUGGAUUGAAAGGCAGCAAAGGAGACCCUGGUGUCAAUGGGCUUCCAGGAAACCCAGGAGGCCAAGGAAGAACUGGUGAAAAGGGUGCUAAAGGAGAGGCAGGGUCCACAGGAGCACAAGGUGUGGCUGGCAUAAAGGGAGAUAAGGGAGAAAGAGGUUAUUCUGGGAAUAUUGGAUCAAACGGAGAACGUGGACCCCCUGGAAUCAAAGGAGAACGAGGAGAUAAAGGAGACCUGGGAGUGAAAGGCUUAACAGGGUUGCCUGGAAUCAAAGGAUCAAAAGGAGAACUGGGCAUACCAGGUGAAAAAGGUACUCCUGGAACAAAUGGAGCAAAUGGGCUUCCAGGUCCUCCUGGGACAAGCGGAUUGAAAGGCAGCAAAGGAGACACUGGUGUCAAUGGGCUUCCAGGAAACCCAGGAGCACAAGGAAGAACUGGUGACAAGGGUGCUAAAGGAGAGGCAGGUUUGAAAGGAACGGCUGGGGCCGCAGGAAUCAAAGGGGAAAAAGGAGAUACUGGUUUAAAGGGAAGUAAAGGAGAGCGUGGAGAGAAAGGAUCAAGGAACUCUAUUGCAAGAAUUGCUGGUGGUGGCUCAAGAGGACGUGCUGAAUUAUUUAUUGAAGGAGCUUGGGGAACAAUAUGUGAUGAUGCAUGGGAUACAACUGAUGGAACCGUUUUCUGCCGAAUGGCUGGUUAUACUUCUGCAGUCAGUGUUUAUACUGCAGGUUCUGGAACGGGGAUCAUCCUGCUAGAUGACUUAGCUUGCGUGGGAACAGAGAGCUCACUUCUGGAUUGCCAGUCGUCUGGUUUGAAAAAGCACAACUGUGAACACAGUGAAGACGCUGGGGUUCAGUGUCAAUGAAACGGAAACUGUACAGUUAUUUCACAUCUUCGUCAAAUGAACAUUUUAUCAUCUGCUUCUGCAUAUGCUGUAUAUCCAAGAGAAAUGUUCUGCUCUUGCCUUUUAACAAACUAACUUAAGGUCUGAUUUGAAGACACAGACAAAGUGGUGGGAAGUGGGGAGUGGGCUUUAUGAAGCUUAUAGAAUGGCAAGUGCUUACUCCAAUAUCUUAUAAAGCAGAAAAUAUAUUAAAUAAAAAAGAACUGCCAUUAAAUUAAAUUCAGUU